AUGGCGAUGACUGCUCACGAAGUGUUGACGAGUGCAGAUAUAAUCUUUUUAAAGCAGGAAAGUGUUCUGAUGAUGCGCUACCACCAAAUAGUGACUGUCUGUUUCAUCAUAUUGCUAGAUCCAACUUCCAAGCUGCUUCGUGGAAUCGUUGUUUAUCUCCAAUGUUACAGCUUCCAUCUGCUGUGGGUAAUGGGUGGCAAUUGGAAUCAGAUGGGCAAUUACAUAUAUUGUGGAUGACCUGUCCAUCAGCUCCGGAGUCCCUUCUAGAAUUUGUGCAGUGCAAAUGUAAAACCGGAUGUAAGACCCAAAGAUGCUCUUGCUUGAAAUCUGGAUUGAAGUGUACUGAAGUGUGUUCCUGCUCAGAGUGCCAAAACAAUCCACAAAUAAUGGAUGGAGAAGAUGAAUCUGAUUCUUCUGAUAAUGACGAUGAAAAUGAUUAUGACUGGGACGAUGAUGACAAUAUGUUUGAUGAUUUAUCAGAAUGA